UCGCUUAUCUAUGCCUUCUUGUUGUCUAGCAACCCCUUCUUCUUUCUUUUCUGAAAACCAGUUCAUCUGGCUCUUGCUUCUGUCAGCCAUGACUUGGCCUGUAGCAGACCUUCUUUCUUUGACUUCCCCUUUUUCCCUUUCGUUCCUUCUGAAAUUGCCUUUACUAAUUCUUCGCAAGCUUCUACGUCUAGUUUUCCUACAAAGUCAUACUUUUCCUGCCAUAUCUUGAGAUAUUUAACAUAAUCAGGAUGGAGUAGUUUCAUGCGUUUGGCGUCUCUACCAUAUUUCUCUGCUUGUGGUUUUUUACAGCUACAACAAUUACCCAUUGUAGAGGCCUCUUUUUUUCUCUCUUUUCUUUUUUUUCUCUUUUUUUGUAUGUGGUAAGGCUAUUUAAUUUCCUUGUUUUCCCCUUAACAGCCAACCAGUUUGUAUGGAGUUCACCUGAGAAACUGGUCUGAUCAGUGAAAUUGUGUUCUUGUAAGGCCUUUCUCAGGUCCAUUGCCUUUUGAGGAGAUCAGCUAUUGGGGCCCAACAUUGGGCGCCAAAAUGUUAAAAGAAUUUCUUCGUAAUGAUCAUUAAACAAUAGAGACUGGAGGCGAAGUAUCAAAAUUCAGCAGAAUUUAUUUUCUUGUACAAGAAGGAGCGUUUCAGGAUGAGGUUACAAAGAAAAGAUGACUUGUCUCACCCUGUCUCCAACGAAUUUUAUUUUCCUCUUUACAAAAAUAAUACUGAACUUCCUUCAACCUUAUCUGACGAGUCUGCUGAUGUUGCAGUACAAUACAGGAACAAUUCAUCAUGAUCUAUGUAAAAUAGUAACACACAUACACAGUGUAAUCAUAACUUUUAAAAACCUAAAACCAUUAAGACAUACUUUAAUGAGUAAAUGAAUAUGCUAGAAAAGAAAGCAUCAAACAUGUCUGUAUAAAAUUGUUGUAUUAUCAUUUUUGAAAUAUCAUAAAAAAUAUAACCAUAUAAUGUAACAUUAAAAAGGAAUUGAUUCAUUUAAAUAAUCUGUAGCAAUCUCUCCCUCAGUGUGUGGAAAGUUUUGGCUUUUGGCCUUGCGGUUGACAGAUGUGUGUGUUUGUGCAGAUAGUGUUCUACCUGACCGGAGUUCCUGUUGUUUCUGAGUCUCACGUUUUACCUGCAAGACUUGUGUUUUAAUGCUGUUGUUCAUCGUUUGUGAUGAGAAAACAUCGGAGAAAUAAAAAGUUUGUGCCCUGGUUUUAGCCUCUCCUGCCGGCUGCUGACAGCGCUGUCAGCUGGAGAGUCACUCACACUGGACGGUAGAGGAGGAGACGCAGAGGAAUUGGUACACGUCAGUUUAGCCGACUUCACUGUAUUUAACAUCGGAGCUGAGAGCACCAGAACUCAGAGCAGGAAACACAGUCACUCUGCAUCACGCUACUGCUGUCCUCCGAUUCCAUUAUCAGCCAAUGAGGAAACUCCCACACUCAGUCGGCCAACCAGUGGUGUAACUUCAUCACUCACUCACUCAACCGUGGUUAUAGGGCUGGUCUGUGGCUGGUCCAGCCAAACACUGUGACAGAGAGACAGUGUCAUCUUCUACAGUACAUGUACAGCAGCCAGUGCUACACAGCUGUCCUUUUAGAAAAUACCGUAGUUGCUUUUCAACAAUGGAAGAAACUUAUGUCAAUGCUGAAGACAUGACAUAUGUUGAUACCAAACAUUCAACAAUUCAGACAGGUCCGAAGACUUCAGAGAGGAGAUUUCAUGGAGCUGUUCUUGUCUUUCUGGGGCUGCUGAGUGUUUUCCUGCUGGCUGGAUUCAUCGGCCUCGGUGUCCACUACUCCGUUGUCAUAAACAACCUGACUGAGGUUCUCCAGGACAGUAAUAACAACCUUUCUUCCAUGUCUGAAGAGAGAGACCUGCUGCUUGCCAACCUCACUGAAAUAACUAAAGAGAUGGAAAAGCUUCAGAGUUUGUCUGUACACAACUCCGUUAUCAUGAACAACCUGACUGAGGUUCUCCAGGACAGUAAUAACAAGCUUUCUUCCGUGUCUGAAGAGAGAGACCUGCUGCUUGCCAACCUCACUGAAAUAACUAAAGAGAUGGAAAAGCUUCAGAGUUUGUCUGUACACAACUCCGUUAUCAUGAACAACCUGACUGAGGUUCUCCAGGACAGUAAUAACAACCUUUCUCCCGUGUCUGAAGAGAGAGACCUGCUGCUUGCCAACCUCACUGAAAUAACUAAAGAGAUGGAAAAGCUUCAGAGUUUGUCUGUACACAAUUCCGUUGUCAUAAACAACCUGACUGAGCGUCUCCAGGACAGUAAUAACAAGCUUUCUUCCAUGUCUGAAGAGAGAGACCUGCUGCUUGCCAACCUCACUGAAAUAACUAAAGAGAUGGAAAAGCUUCAGAGUUUGUCUGUACAGAAGAAAACUUGUCCUGCAGGAUGGAGGAUGUUCAGAUGUUCCUGUUAUUUCCUCUCAAGUGAGUCUGGUUCCUGGUUCACAGGCAGACAGGACUGCAGAGAGAAAGGAGCAGAUCUGGUGGUUAUAGACAGCACUGAAGAACAGACAUUCUUGUCUACCUUCACUGAGGUAGAAACUUGGAUUGGUUUGACUGACAAAGACGAAGAGGGAACCUGGAAAUGGAUUGAUGGAACACCACUGACUUUAAGGUACUGGACGACAAAACAGCCUGAUAAUGGAGGUGGAGAUCCGCAAUGGGGUGAAGAGGACUGUGCACAUAUGUGGUCUGGCAAGAAAACUGGAGACAACUGGAAUGAUCGGUCAUGUGAUGCUUCUCUGCGGUGGAUCUGUGAGAAAAAUGCUGGUGUAUAAUAUGUAAAAAUGCUUUUUCAAAGCUUUUUUGCAAAAGGCAAAUCAGUUUGUAUGUGUGUGAAUUUAAAACUUUUCUCUGCUGUGCUGAUGACCUUUUGCUUCUGCUCUGCCUUUUUAAAGAGAUUUCUAUAAAUUAGAUGUUUACAGCUUUUGCCAGAAGAGCUUCAUUAACCAAUUUCCAAUGUUUCAAACAACUAAAAGAAGCAGACAGAUAAAACAAAACCAAACCUCUGCAAAAUGCAACAGAUUCAUAAAAACCUUUAUUUUGAUUAAUGUCUUAGCUAAAGAUUUCAUGUUAGUUGAAAGUUGCAAAAAACCUGAUUGAGACCAUUUCUUAUGACAUCCCUCAUAUCAUAAUUAAACAAUGUAAUAUAGAUUUUGUGUAAUUAUGUCUUAUUAUAAUCAUCAAAUGACGCUUUCCUGAAAAUUUUUAAAUGAAGUGUGUUCAGCAUCUGACAGAUCUCUUCAGCAGAGGCCAUCAGUGUUUGUGAAUUUUUCUUGAUAAUUAGUGGUUUCACUCAGGAAACACUUGCUGUUGUGAGAAAAUUAUCAAAUUAUUUUAGAUGAAUUGUAAACCAAAACUAUUCAACAGAUGAGUCAAUAUAAAGUCAGUCAAUUACAACAUAUAAGCACUGUACUGGAGUCAGACGUUUGUCAUGAUGUCCUUUGUAAUGCUGGUAGCUGAUACUGGUUGUGGCUUUUUAUACAUUUAUGAAAAUAAUUAAAAGCUUUUUAAAAAUUGAAUUGAAAAGAAGUUAAUGAUAUGAUUUAAAGGUAGAUUUGAGGAUUGCUGUGGCUCUAUAAUGAAACCCUUGAGUUGGA